UCCUGUAAGAGAUAGUGCCAAAAUCCUCUCUGUUAUGGACUCCAUACUGCCGGACAGCUACUAGGUCACCCUGUGGCCGCGGCUGACGAAAAACCCAGUCCUGUACAUCUUCACCGGCGACUCUGAGGUCACCUUCAGGUGCGUGAAGGAGACCGACCUCAUCCUCAUCCACUCCAACAAGCUCAACCUCACGGUGAAUGGCGACGGCAAGCUGGCCACGCUGACCGCCGAGGACGGCUCAACGCCCCCAGCCAUCACAGACACCUGGCUGGAGGUGCGGACUCAGUACCUGGUGGUCAAACUGAACGGUAAUCUGAAGGUUGGCCAGCGCUACGUGCUGCGUACUGAUUUCACAGGGGAGCUGGCAGAUGACCUGGGUGGCUUCUACAGGAGCGUUUACAUGGAGGAUGGCGUGGAGAAGGUGGUGGCUACCACUCAGAUGCAACCCACCGAUGCAAGGAAAGCCUUCCCCUGCUUUGAUGAGCCGGUCAUGAAGGCCAUCUUCAACAUCACCCUUGUCCACCCACGGGGCACUGUGGGCUUGUCCAACGCCAUGGACAUCGCUCCAGCAGUUCAAGCAGGACUACGCCGAUGUGGGCUUUGGAUCAGGCACCCUGGCUGUGGAGCAGUCUAUUGAGAGAACACAGGCCAACAUCAAAUGGGUAGCAGAAAGCAGAGACAUUGUGCUGAAUUGGCUGAAGCCGUAAUUUACUUUUAAUUGUAUUAUUUUUUAAAGAUUAAGAUGUCUUUUGUCCCACUAUUAAUUAUUUCAGUCCUUUUCUGCCAAAAUGACUUUUCGCAAUAUAUCCAGUUCUUUUCAGUAGAACCACCGUUAUUGACAUCGCACACAAUAAAUUGAAAAUCUAAGUGU